AUGGCCGUUGGGGAGAUCCUUUUGGGUGCCUUGCUUCAGGUCCUGUUCGAGAAGUUGGCUUCUCUGGGAUUGGGAUAUGCGCAAAGGAAAGGAGCAUCUCCCUCCUCUGGAAUCAGCAUCGACCUGCUCAAUAAGUGGAAGAAGAUGCUAGUUAUAAUCAAUGCAGUGCUGGAUGAUGCAGAGGACAAGCAACUGAGCGGUAAAGGUCUAGUGAAGCUAUGGCUGGACGAUGUUAGGGACUUGGCAUAUGACGUGGAAGACUUGCUCGAUGAGUUGGCAAUCCAAGCCGCUGAGGUUAAGUCGGCGGCAAAAUCCAGCACAAGCAGAGGGUGGGUGAAUUGGAAGUUCUCUUGCUUCGGCCGAAAUAAAUCCCCUAGAUCGAAUCCGAACCCAUGCUCACUCGUGCCCGAAACCAAGGUCCAAGAGAUCAAUGGCAGGUUGGAAGAGAUCGUCACCAGGAAGGCUCAGCUAAGCUUGACAGGGACUGCUGUGAACAACUCUGACAACAUCGACAAAAGGCUCCCCAGCAGUUCGCUGCCGGAGCCUCGGUUUUUCGGCAGGGAGAAGGAAGAAGCAGAAAUACUUGAACUAUUGACUGGUGAAGCCAAAAAUGCUGAUUCCAGGUUGAGCAUAGUCCCCAUAGUUGGGAUGGGCGGUGUUGGAAAGACAGCCUUAGCUCGGCGACUCUAUAAUGAUCCCAAUGUAAGCAGCUGCUUCGAGAGGAGAGCAUGGGCUUGUGUCUCGGAUGUUUUUGAUGUUCUCAGCAUAACAAAGACUAUUUUGCAGUCGUUUUCCGAGUUGUCUUGUGAGGACAAAGAUCUUAACCGGCUUCAAAUUAAGUUGAAGGACAGUCAGUCGAGGAAGAAAUUUCUUGUGGUUUUAGAUGAUGUCUGGAAUGAGAAGUACGGAGAAUGGACUGCCCUCUUAAAGCCAUUUGAAGUGGGUGCUAAGGGAAGCAAGAUCAUCCUUACAACUCGCAACCGUUCGGUAGUUGCCUUAACAGGAGCUUCGCCAUAUCCUUUGGAGGCGCUGUCCCUUGAUAAUUGUACAAGCUUACUAGCCUUUCAUGCUUUGGGAGUAACAAAUUUUGAGAGGCAACCGGAUCUUGAAACAAUAGGAAAGAAAAUAGCUGAAAAAUGUAAAGGUUCACCUUUGGUUGCAAAGGUGUUGGGCGGUCUCCUACGUGAUAAACGAAAUCCCGAUCAAUGGGAAGCUAUCUUAAAUAACAAGAUGUGGGAUCUUCCGAUGGGAGAGAAUGAUGAGGUUCUUCCAGUUUUGAAAUUGAGUUAUGUCCACCUUCCUACUUAUUUGAAGAGAUGUUUUGCUUAUUGUGCGGUAUUUCCCAAGGAUUACGAAAUUGAGAGAGAUGAGCUAGUACUCUUAUGGAUAGCAGAGGGAUUUUUAGAUGGACAUAAAGCAAAAGAGAAUAAGUUGAAAUUGGGACGGGAUUACUUCGAUGAGCUAAAAUCUCGUUCAUUUAUUCAACAAUCAAGUGUUGACGCAUCUAAGUUUUCAAUGCAUGAUCUUUUGAAUGACCUGGCAAAGUCAAUUGCGGGAGAGACUUGCUUCAGCUCCGGGGAGUCUCGGUUAGCGGGUAAUGAAUGUGAUGCAUCAUCUCUCGAAAAAACUCGUUAUGCAUCAUUCAUCUCGUCAUGGCCUGUUACUUCACAAUGCUUGAGGGCAUAUCACGGAAUGAAGGUGCUAAGAAGUUUAAUUCUAGUGCCCAGUGGAUCUAGAGAGGGGGGCUUGGGCCGAUUCAUUAUUUCCAACAAGAUGCUACAUGACUUGUUAAAAGAAUUGAAGUACUUGAGGGCACUCUCGGUAUGUCAUUACGACAUCGUGGAAGUACCGAAAUGUGUUAGUGAUUUAAAACAUCUUCAAUAUCUCAAUUUCUCUUACACCGAUAUCGAAAUGCUACCCGAGUCAAUUGUCAACUUGUGCAAAUUACAAGCUUUGAUCUUAAGAGGUUGUCAAAACCUUUCAAAGUUGCCUCAAAGUAUCACAAAGUUGGUUGGCUUACGGUUUCUCGACGUUAGAGAUACACGGAGUCUAAAAGAGAUGCCGUUGGGUAUUAGCAAUUUGAAGAAUCUUACUAUCUUGUCCAAGUUUGUGGUAGGAACAAAGAAAGGGUUGCAGUUAAAGGAGUUAAAGAACUUGCCCCAUCUUCAAGGAGAAUUAAGCAUAUCAAAAUUGCAAAAGGUGGAAAAAGUUAAAGAUGCAGCGGAUGCCGAUUUGUUUAGAAAGCUAAGUCUUGCCAACUUGUCCUUGCAUUGGGAAGAAGAUUUGGGAAAUCUCCAGAAUCAUAAGCGCGAUGCUCAUGUGCUUGACUCUCUGCGACCUCACACUAAUCUGGAAAUUCUCACCAUCUCGCGCUAUUGUGGCACAAGAUUCCCCUCGUGGUUAGAUGAGGUUUGCAUGCAGUAA